AUGACGAAGAAGAAAAGUGAUGUAGCUCAAAGAGCAUGGAAUCUGCUGCGUCUGGCAUUGUUAUGGGCAAGAAAAGGCGGCGUUUUCAAGAGACGGCUGAUGAUGGAACUCCGAUUGCUCCCUAAGUUCAUCAAGAGUCUUGCACAUACGUCGACUCGUAAUGAUCACCAAAUGAUUAACAGCCGCCAGCUAUCGUUCGACGAGACGCCCAUUUUUCACUUCAAGGUCCACCAUCACCGUCUCGCCUCCAUGAGGUUCCUUCUCCCUUGCAUCAGGACCGAGGAAGUCGAUUUCGAUUACGAUUUCGGCAUCGACGAAUACGAUUAUAAUAAUGGAAGAGAGAGUAACUUGCUGGGAUCGGAGUCCUACGUCGAAGAAGAAGAAGUGGAAGAGUGUGGAUACGAAGGGAGUGAUGAGAAAGAAAAUAGUUGGUAUCCAUAUUCAUAUGAAUUCGAGGAUGAAGGGAUUGAUUCAAAGGCUGAGAAAUUCAUAGCUAAGUUUUAUGAGCAAAUGAGGUUGCAGAGACAGAUUUCUUAUUUGGAAUAUGCUGAAAGAGGCUCCAAAAGUUAG